AGCUGCUUGAGUCGUUUCUGCUCCGGCUGUUGGGGAAGGAGAAACCCUAGACGAAGACGAAGAAGGGCAGCGAAAAUGGUGCAGCGUCUUGUUUACCGGACCCGGCAUAGCUAUGCCACAAAAUCGAACCAGCACCGCGUCGUCAAAACCCCAGGAGGGAAGCUGGUAUAUCAAACCACGAAGAAGAGAGCCAGUGGCCCGAAAUGCCCUGUUACCGGCAAGCGUAUUCAGGGUAUUCCACACCUAAGGCCUGCUGAAUACAAGAGGUCCAGAUUGUCUAGAAACAGAAGGACCGUAAACCGUGCUUAUGGUGGAGUCUUGUCUGGUUCCGCUGUCAGGGAAAGGAUCAUCCGGGCUUUCCUUGUUGAAGAGCAAAAGAUUGUGAAGAAGGUGUUGAAGCUUCAAAAGGCCAAGGAGAAGCUAGCUGGCAAGAGUUAAGCCAUUCUAUUACUACCCCAAGAUAGUUUGUCUUAAUGGUUGAUGUUCUAAUGAUAGGAAUGUCUCUGUUGUGAGAGCCAUCCUUGUGGUUUAUAUUGCUUCUUGUGUCUUGACUCUACAGUUUUGUUUUCGUUUGAAUUGCCAGAGUUUCCAUUUAACGUUGAAUUCAUGUUGUUGAUUAAUUGGGUUUAUGUAUACAUUAUGAAUGUGUUGGAGAAAAGAAAAGAUACGGGUUCCUUUCAUUCA